AUGCCGCCCCCCGCGUCCACGGCUCGUGCAAAAGCAGAAGAGCCGCAAGCUGCUAAACUUUACACAAGACGCGGUAAACUCAGCAGCUUUGUACCGUACCCUUGGGUACCAUACAUGCCAACAACCCAUACUGUACCGUACUGCAACUGCACGCGCGUAAGAGAAAGAGAGAGGAUUCUUUUCCGCUUGAGGCCGAAUCAUCCCGAUUUCCUACGCUUGCAAAGGAGACGCAAUCUAAUUCUACAGUGCAGCACUGCACUGUACCAAGGGUACUGUACCCUUGGAACCUCCCAACCAUAA